AUGAUGAGUAUUAGUAAUCAUACACGGUACCUUGGUCAAAAGAAUCUAUCUGGCAAACCACAUGGUUAUGGAAUUUUAACAUUUAGCGAUGGACGACAGUAUGAUGGUCGUUUCUAUGAAGGAAAAUAUCAUGGGAAAGGUACUUUUAUAGGCUUAAACGGUGUUAAAUAUGUUGGAGAGUGGCAAAACGAUAAAUUUCAUGGAGAAGGGAUUAUCACGCAUGCUAAUGGUACAACCUACGAUGGCGAAUUUCAAAGCCAUCAAAAGCAUGGCUAUGGUGCACUGACAGGUCCUAAUGGUGAAGUUUAUUAUUGUGGCCAAUGGGAAAAUAAUAAGCCAGUGAAAAAGCCUCCUCCGACAUGGGACAAAUAUGUCAUUGAGAUUAAUUCUCUGUUGAUCGACCUGACAAAUCUGGGAGAACAGUAUUUUGUUUAUGCAUUAACAAAACUAGCUAAUGUUGAAAGUGAUUAA